UCAUGUCGGGAUGUCUGACACACACGAGUGCGUUACUUAACACAGGAUAUCUCCAUUUCAGUCUCGGUAUUUGCUUGCUCCUGUCGACAAAUAGUCUUAACGAUAAAUACCCAAGCGUAUAAGGUUUGAGCAGUGUGUCCAGUAGGACGUAAAAUACCAAGCGAGCUGUAAGAGUGACAUCAGUUCAUAUCUUCAUGUCUGUGUCUAAAUGUACGCGACUCACUGGUCCGGUGACCAAACAAGUGCUGGACUCGGUGGAUUCUGUGCUGUUUGAUUGCGAUGGAGUGAUCUGGAGAGGAGAUCAAGCGAUUCCUGGCGCCCCUGAAGUGAUCAACUCGCUGAAAAAAGCUGGUAAACGCGUGUUUUUCGUCACUAAUAACAGCACAAAGACGCGCCGAAUGUACGCGGAGAAGUUGAACAAGCUGGGUUUCGAGGCCAGAGAGGACGAAGUGUUCGGAACAGCUUACUGUUCAGCUGUGUACCUCAAAACCGUGUGCAACCUCCAGGGAAAAGUCUACCUGAUUGGAGGCAAUGCGAUGAAGCAAGAGCUCGAGGCGAUAGGGAUCGAGCCGGUCGGUGUUGGACCUGAUCCAGUGUCAGGAGGACAGAAGGACUGGGCCAGCGUUCCUGUUGAUCCGGAGGUCAAGGCCGUGCUGGUGGGUUUUGACGAACAUUUCAGUUACAUGAAGCUCAACAGGGCAUUACAGUACCUCUGCAAUGCUGAGUGUCAGUUUGUGGGCACCAACACUGACUCAAGGCUUCCUCUGGAGGGAGGCAAAGCAGUCCCAGGUACCGGUUGCCUUUUAAAGGCUGUGGAGACGGCAGCACAGCGCCAUGCACAAGUGGUGGGGAAACCCAGUAGCUUUAUGUUCAAAUGCAUGUCUAGCCAGUUCGGGCUUGACCCAAACAAAUGUCUUAUGGUUGGGGACAGACUGGACACAGACAUCAUGUUAGGUUCCACAUGUGGUCUGAAGACCCUGCUGACCCUGACUGGUGUCUCAACAAUAGCGGAUGCAGAGGAGCACCAAAGAAGUGGAUGCCCCAGACGUCAGGAGAUGGUGCCUGAUUACUAUGUUGAUAGCAUUGCAGAAAUUUUACCAGCACUUCAAGCAUAGUGGGUCAGUAUUUGUGAGGAUGUAAGAUGUAUCCCACUUUAUGCAGGUUCAGUAAAUAUGGUUUUUAAUUUUGAACUAAAAUGAUUAUUUGAUUAUAUAACAGUAGUUCUGAACUAAUUUAGUCUCCAGGACCUCCACCCCAUAUGUCCCAGGUAAUAGUAGGUGAAUUUCUGGGUUAGGUCUCUUUGGAACUUCCCCAGAAGAAAACAUUGACUGGCUCGUAUGUCUUGAGGACUAGAUAGAGACCCACUGCAACAGAGGAUUCUAAAAUAUUCAUAUCUGUGGUUUCUUAGCUCCAGUCCUCAGGACCCACAGCCAUGUACCAUGUUGCCUUACUUCAACACACCUAAGAUCCAGUUUAUGACUUGGUUUAGGUAUUUGAGGGUAGGAAACACUAGAAUUGGAUCAACAUGAGUGGAUUUCUAAUCCAAUAUCCAGCAUUUUCUAUUGGAAACUGAUCAGGAUAUGCAUUGCCUAUUGUUAAGCUAUAAAAUCAAAAUGUUUCCUAUUAAUAAUCUGCUCCAUUAGCACGGUCUGCCUCUGUUAUUCCACAAUAAUGUCCAUGUAUAAUAUUGUGCAGGUACAGUGUUCAAGUCGAUUUGUUUUAGCCAUUCUUUGAAGAUAUUUACAAACAUAUAGGUACAUGCCUAUAUACAUAUAUGCACUGAAUACAGAAUCAAUGUACAAUGCUCCCCCCCCCCCCUGCUGUGUAUUUCAAACCUCAGGUACUGAAAAAUGACCUGCAACAGACAAUAUGGCUUAUUGGUUGAUAAUGCAACCAAUGUGGUUAUUUGCUCAGAUGAGCACCACUACACAGAACUAAAUGAAUGUUCUUUAUUAAGGUGCAUGGUCUUGUUUUUUUUUUUGUCAUUGUUAAAGUUCGACCUGCUUCUAGGGUUUGAAGCAUAACAUCUACUGUAACUCACUUCAGUUUUAUGAUCAAUAAUGUUCAACCUUUUUUUUUUUUUGUCUUACCUUGAACAAGGUGCUGACUGCACAAAGAUCAAAUAAAUAAGCAUCAAUUCAAACUGAAA